CCGACGAGUGGCAAAGCGCGUCUUUUGAAAUGAUUGCAAAGCUAGACAGUAUGCUUUUGCCCAGAAAAAAGUUCCUCUAUCAUUACAAGAAUGUGCGCUGGGCAAGGGGCCGGCAUGAAACAUACCUCUGUUUUGUAGUAAAAAGACGAGUAGGGCCUGACUCCUUGUCCUUUGACUUUGGACACCUCCGCAAUCGCAAUGGCUGCCAUGUAGAGCUGCUGUUCCUGCGCCACCUUAGUACAUUAUGCCCUGGUCUAUCUGGGUAUGGAUUUCAUGGGGAGAGGAGGGUCAGCUACUCCAUCACCUGGUUCUGCUCCUGGUCUCCCUGUGCAAACUGCUCUUCCAGACUGGCCCAGUUCCUCAAACAGACACCCAACCUUCGCCUCAGGAUCUUUGUCUCUCGUCUUUACUUCUGUGACAUGGAGGACAGUCGUGAAAGAGAGGGUCUCAGGCUGCUUAAAAAAGUCGGCGUGCACAUCACAGUCAUGAGUUACAAAGACUUCUUCUACUGCUGGCAGACUUUUGUGGCUCAGCAAAGCAAAUUUAAGGCCUGGGAAGAUCUGCAUCGAAACUCAGUACGUCUGGCCAGAAAACUCAACCGCAUCCUCCAGCCCUGUGACACAGAAGAUUUAAGAGAUGCCUUCAAGCUUCUUGGACUGUAAAACAAACCUGUGGCUGCCUCUGAAGUUAGCAUUAAGUCUAUUAUUAAGUCUGAUGAGAAAAAGAUAUGUUGGUGUUGGACCAUCACUACAAGAGCUAAACUGAGAAUUAGAAAAACUGAGAAAAAAAUGCUUUCAAGUUGUGGCAAGGCUUGUAACAUUGGGUAGCUGCUGCUUGCUGUAUCUGUAGCGAAGUCAAAUAAAGUACUUUACAAUCAGAUACUGGAUUGUGUUAUUGAUUGCGAACGGUAAUCAUUAUUAAUG